AUGUAUGGAGGUGCGUAUAACUACUCGGACCCGAAUCCGGGCCAUCACGUGGUGGAUUUGCAUGAGGAGGAUGAAGAUGAUGAGGAUGAGAAUUUGGAGGAAGAAGAAGACAUGGAAUCGAAACAGAUAUCGCAGGAGGAUGCAUGGGCUGUGAUCAGUGCUUAUUUCGAGGAGAAGGGCUUGGUGAGGCAGCAAUUGGAUUCCUUCGAUGAGUUCAUACAGAACACAAUGCAGGAGAUCGUCGACGAGUCCGCUCACAUCGAGAUCCGUCCCGAGUCCCAGCACAAUCCCGCUCGAUCAUCCGAUUUUGUCGAGACUGUAUACAGAAUCAAAUUUAGUCAGAUAUACCUUAGCAAGCCUAUGAUGACAGAGUCCGAUGGCGAAACCAACACUCUGUAUCCGAAAGCAGCGAGGUUGAGGAACUUGACAUACUCAUCACCAUUGUACGUGGACGUCACGAAGAAAGUCGUGAGAAAAGGGCAUGAAUGCGAAGAGGUUGCAGAGACUCAAGAGUUCACCAAAGUUUUCAUUGGAAAGGUUCCGAUAAUGCUGCGCUCGAGUUAUUGUAGUUUGUACAAUCUAUCAGAAAAAGACUUGACAGAUUUGGGGGAGUGCCCGUUUGAUCAGGGAGGAUACUUUAUAAUAAAUGGGAGUGAAAAAGUUCUCAUUGCUCAAGAGAAGAUGAGCACAAAUCAUGUUUAUGUUUUCAAGAAGCGCCAGCCGAACAAAUACGCUUAUGUUGCCGAAGUUAGAUCCAUUGGCGAAUUCCAAAACAAGGCACCUAGCGGCAUGUUUGUUCGAAUGCUUUCAAGACCUGGUGCAAAGGGGGGAACCUCUGGUCAGUACAUUCGAGCUACACUGCCCUACAUUCGAACUGAGAUACCGAUAAUUAUAGUGUUUCGCGCGUUAGGUUUUGUGGCAGAUAAAGACAUUUUAGAACAUAUCUGCUAUGAUUUUAGUGAUGUGCAGAUGAUGGAGUUACUCCGGCCUUCUUUGGAGGAGGCAUUUGUUAUACAAAAUCAACAAGUUGCUCUUGACUACAUUGGCAAGAGAGGUUCUACCGUAGCCGUUACAAAAGAAAAAAGAAUUAAGUAUGCGAAAGAAAUUCUCCAAAGAGAGAUGCUUCCGCAUGUCGGUACUGAGGAAUACUGUGAAACUAAGAAAGCUUAUUAUUUUGGGUAUGUUAUUAAUAGACUAUUACUUUGUGCACUUGGAAGAAGAGCAGAGGAUGAUCGUGAUCACUAUGGAAAUAAGAGGCUCGAUCUUGCUGGCUCCUUGUUAGGAGGCUUAUUUCGCAUGCUAUUCAGAAAAUUGACGAGGGAUGUUCGAUCUUAUGUGCAGAAGUGUGUUGAUAAUGGGAAGGAUGUGAAUUUGCAAUUCGCAAUCAAAGCGAAAACGAUCACUAGUGGCCUCAAGUAUUCUCUUGCCACAGGAAACUGGGGACAAGCGAAUGCAGCCGGUACUAGAGCAGGAGUCUCCCAGGUGUUGAACCGUUUGACAUAUGCAUCGACACUUUCUCAUCUACGCAGACUAAACUCACCUAUUGGUCGAGAGGGCAAACUGGCUAAACCCCGGCAGCUUCAUAACUCGCAUUGGGGAAUGAUGUGUCCUGCAGAAACGCCGGAGGGACAAGCUUGUGGACUGGUGAAGAAUCUUGCACUUAUGGUGUAUAUAACAGUAGGAUCAGCAGCACAUCCGAUUUUGGAGUUCUUGGAAGAAUGGAGUACAGAGAGUUUCGAGGAAAUAUCACCAGCUGUUAUUCCUCAAGCUACCAAAGUAUUCGUUAAUGGUACUUGGGUUGGAAUUCACCGUAACCCCGAGCGACUCGUUAAGACUCUGAGGAACUUAAGAAGACAGAUCGAUGUGAAUACAGAGGUUGGAAUUAUCCAUGAUAUUCGUCUUAGGGAGCUUCGGCUGUACACAGACUAUGGUCGCUGCAGCCGUCCUUUGUUCAUCGUCGAAAACCAAAUGCUGCUCAUACAGAAGGAGGACAUUCUUGCAUUGCAGCAACGGGAGUCUGCUGAUGACUACAGUUGGCAUCAUAUUGUCGGGAAAGGAUUUGUCGAAUACAUUGAUGCAUCAGAAGAGGAGACUACAAUGAUAUCGAUGACAAUAAAUGAUCUUGUCAAUUCGAGGCGAAGUUCAGGCGAUGCUUACACUGAAACAUACACUCAUUGCGAAAUCCAUCCGUCGUUGGUGUUAGGCGUUUGCGCUUCGAUCAUACCAUUUCCUGAUCACAAUCAGUCCCCUCGUAACACAUAUCAAUCCGCAAUGGGGAAGCAAGCGAUGGGAAUAUAUGUUACUAAUUACCAACUACGAAUGGAUACAUUAGCAUAUGUUCUUUACUAUCCCCAAAAGCCUCUCGUCACGACUCGUGCUAUGGAACAUUUGCAUUUUCGACAGCUUCCUGCCGGCAUAAAUGCUAUUGUUGCCAUAGCUUGCUAUUCUGGAUACAACCAAGAAGAUUCUAUUAUCAUGAACCAAUCUUCGAUUGAUCGUGGAUUCUUUCGAUCCUUAUUCUUCCGGUCAUAUAGGGAUGAAGAGAAGAAGAUGGGAACACUAGUUAAAGAGGACUUUGGGUGUCCUAAUAGAGACAGCACCCUCGGUAUGCGACAUGGAUCUUAUGACAAGUUAGACGAUGAUGGAUUCGCUCCGCCUGGAACUAGAGUGUCCGGAGACGAUGUUAUUAUUGGCAAGACGACGCCGAUUUCUCCGGAGGAAGCUCAAGGGAAAUCUGCUAGAUUCACAAACAAGGAUCACAGCACAAGUUUACGGCACAGCGAAAGUGGAAUUGUCGACCAGGUUCUAUUGACGACCAACGCUGAUGGAUUAAGGUUCGUCAAGAUACGUAUGCGAUCAGUUCGAAUACCUCAAAUCGGCGACAAAUUCAGCAGCCGGCACGGCCAAAAGGGAACCAUCGGAAUGACUUACACACAAGAUGAUAUGCCGUGGACAAUCGAAGGCAUUACGCCGGACAUCAUAGUUAACCCUCACGCCAUACCUUCUCGUAUGACAAUUGGCCAGCUCAUCGAGUGCAUCAUGGGCAAGGUUGCGGCGCAUAUGGGCAAGGAAGGCGAUUCCACGCCUUUCACCGAUGUUACGGUAGACAACAUUAGUAAAGCUCUUCACAAAUGUGGAUUCCAAAUGCGCGGUUUCGAGAGAAUGUACAACGGUCACACCGGGCGUCUGCUGUCCGCAAUGAUAUUUUUCGGGCCUACUUAUUACCAGCGACUCAAGCACAUGGUGGAUGACAAAAUCCACUCUCGAGGCCGAGGCCCCGUGCAGAUACUAACUAGGCAGCCAGCCGAGGGACGGUCUAGAGACGGUGGUUUGAGGUUCGGGGAGAUGGAGCGCGACUGCAUGAUCGCCCACGGAGCUGCGCACUUUCUCAAGGAGAGGCUGUUCGAUCAGAGCGACGCAUACAGGGUUCAUGUUUGUGAGAAAUGUGGCCUAAUCGCAGUUGCGAGUAUGAAGAAACCGUCGUUCGAGUGCCGAGGCUGCAAGAACAAGACAGACAUUGUUCAGGUGAAUAUUCCUUAUGCCUGCAAGCUUUUGAUCCAAGAACUCAUGGCUAUGGCUAUUUCCCCAAGGCUACUCACUAAGGAAGACAAAAAAAUGAAAGGGAAGGAACAGAAGAAAGCAGAAGCAGUCUGUCGAGGGGGUGGGGUGUGGUGGGUGGGUAGGGGUGGGCUUGAUGAAUUCUCCACCGUGGAUCGAUAA